AUGAUGUUUUUCAUCAGUUUAAUCUAUUUUAUACUCUUACCUUCGAUAAAUCCUCAACUUCAAAUCAAUCUUCAUUUAACCGAUUGGACAAAUUAUAAUGAAAUAAAUGUUGAUUUGCAACAUGAUUGCCUUCAUGUUCCUACUCAUUUAAAUGAAGAUUAUAUUGAAUAUCAUCAAAUCAUUUCAUAUUGUAUGGGUGAAUGGCCUUCAAAUUGGAACAUAGAAGAAAACAGUUUUCAUCAAAAAUACAGUUUUUCUCAACUUAAAAUGCUUAAUAUUACUAGUCAACAGUUAUAUCUUUGGUCAGCUCCUAUGGAUAUUGUUGAAGAAUAUGAAUCCUAUUUGAAUCAAAGUUUAAUUUCAAAUCAAUCAACAUCAGUAAUGGCAAUAAAGUUAUUCUACAAUUGUACACAACCAAGAUUUGGGCCUGUAUGUCAAUAUUCAUUAGAUAUUUCAACUUCUUCUUUUCCUUCAUCACUCAGAGAAAUUAUUCAUGACUUUUACCUGCCGGUAUAUAAACCAACAACUUGGACAUGUUAUACUCAUUUAGAAUGUGAUCGUGGUACAAGUACAGCUUGUCUUGAUUGGGCUGAAAUUUGUGAUGAUCAUAUCAAUUGUCUUAAUGACGGAAUUGAUGAGAAACAUUGCUGGGUACUUGAAAUUAAUGAAUGUGAAGAAAAUGAAUAUCGAUGUAAAAAUGGACAGUGUAUACCGAACAAAUUUGUUGGCGAAGGUUCAAAAUCUGUCGAUUGUAUUGAUAAAAGUGAUGAAGACGAAAUAUUGUCCGGUGCUACUCGUUAUCUUUCACAUGAACCGAUAAUUAGAAUCGAAGAUAUUAUAUGCAACAAAGAUAUCCACCUGGAGCGGACUAUCUAUUUUACAACUUCAUGUGUACGUAGUCGACAUGAUCUUAUUUUAGAAGACAUGUUUUUGAACAAACCAAAUUCAACAUCUGACGAAUGUUGGUUUGCAUUCAGAUGCUUUUUUCGUAUUCCUAAUGCAUUAGAUCCAAUGUGUAAGACUAUUUUUAUCAAUAGAACAUGUCAAGAAAUUAUCAAUGAAACAUGUCCCGAUAUAUUGUUCAUUCCAAAUGCUCCAUUGCUCUUUGGACACAUUUAUUUCGCUUACACGAAAGAAGCUGCAGUACAGACACUUGUUUCAUCACUUCCACCGCAGUAUGUAUGUUAUAAUGAUCAAUUAUGCGAUGGAUUUUACACAAAUAGAACAUUAUUAACGUUUGAUAAUCUAACAUGUCGCCGUCCUCAAGAUUUUCCAUUCAGAUUUUCUGCUAUUGCAAGAGGCAAUUGGUUAAAUACAUAUGUUAAACCUGCUCACAAAGAAUUGUAUAAAUGCAAUACAAUUAUUCAGAAUAUGUCCGCAGUUUGUGACAAUUCAAGGAUGUAUCGAUGUAUUAACUCGUCUAAAUGUAUUUCAAAAGAUCGUAUGGAUGAUGGUUUCAUAGAUUGCGAUUACGGAGAUGAUGAAGAUCCAAGUGUGGUCUAUGAUAUUUGUGUAAACAAUGAAUCUAAAACGUUUUUCAAAUGUACAACAACAGCUAAAUGUAUUUAUUAUCGAAAAGUAAACGAUGGUUUAUGUCAAUGUGGACGUAAUGAAUAUGGUUUGUGUGAUGACGAAGAUGCAGAAUGUCAAGCAGUUGGAACACAUUUAUCAUUUCCAACUGUUUGUGAUGGUUUUACCGACCUUUUUCCUGUUAAUAUCGAUGGACGAAAUGAAACAGAUGAAACUGAAUGUGAACUAUGGCAGUGUAAUAAUACGUAUACUCGAUGCGACGGCAUUUGGAAUUGUUUUAAUGGAGCUGACGAAGUUCAUUGUAAUACAUCGGUAUCAUUCAGUUGCCCAUCCAAUCAUCAUAUAUGUAUUUCGCCUAUUACGAAUCAACUUACAUGUUUACCCCUUGCCAAAGCGAACAAUGGAAUUAUCGACUGUUUAGGCGCUACCGAUGAGCCAAAAUUAUGUCGAUCAACCGGUUAUGCUCCGAGCGGAAAUAAGUUUUACUGUUUGAAUGAUAACUCGUCACCUUGUGAAAUAUCUACAUCUCUUUGUAACGGUAGCAAAAACUGUCUCAGCGCAAACGACUAUAAACCUUUGUGUUCUUUAACACGAAAUUUUUCCAUCGAUUUUUCUAUUUGUUAUGCUGACAGCCGUUCUGAUGUCCAAAAUUUUUUUUGUGAACACGUGGUUCUUGAGCAUAACAGAAAACCUGUGCAUUUUACACUGGAUGCAACAGAAUUCAACAAAGACAAAAACGCAAAAGUAGACUAUCCACUUUUCAUUAGACCUAUUUGUGAACGCAUACGUGUUGAGCAUAAAAGACCAGUUGCACAUUUUCCACUGGAUACAAUCAAAUUAAACAAAGACAUAAACACAAUACGCUCAAUUCCACCUGACAUGAAAUCUAUUGUUUAUCAUGAGCAAUACCGUUGUCAUCGUGGUCUGCCUUUGCGUAUUUGGCUAAAUCAAGAGAAGAACUUGACUAAUACCACCUGUCUUUGUCCACCAAGUUUUUAUGGUAACAUUUGUCAAUACCAAAACCAACGAGUUAGUCUAACUAUGAGAUUUCAAGCAUAUUCGGAUUCUCGACGAACAUUAUUCGCUCUUGUGAUUACACUUAUCGAUGAUAGUGACAAACGGAUUACUCAUUCACAUGAACAACUCACUUAUUUGUACGUUCGAGAUUGUCAAAAGAAAUUUAACGUUUAUCUACUUUAUUCUACUCGACCAAAAAAUGUGACACAAAAUUAUUCGAUACAUAUUGACAUCUAUGAAAAGUCCUCAUUAACUUAUCGAGGAAGUUUAUUAAUACCAAUUAAAUUUCCUUUUUUACCUGUACAUCGUAUUGCUGUUCAUCUUUAUAUUCCACGUAUAAAUGACGAUAUUCAAAGUUGUACAAAUCAAACAUGUGUACAUGGUCAAUGUACGAUUUAUUCAGAAGAUUCAAAAGGCACUGCAUUUUGUCAUUGUAACAAAGGGUGGUCUGGAAAACACUGUACUAUACCAUAUACUUGUAAAUGCUCACCUGACUCAUUAUGUGCUGGUUUAUUAGCAAAUAAUCGAUCUCUUUGUGUUUGUCCUAUAAACAAAUUUGGUCCUCGAUGUUUAUUUAAUCAUACAGUUUGUCAAUCUAAUCAAAAUAAUAUAUGUUAUAAUGGUGGCAAAUGUAUACCUAUUGAUGAAUAUAUGCAAAGAGAAGAUAAGAAAUUCUUUUGUAUGUGUCCGAAAGGUUUUACUGGGGGACGAUGUGAAAUACCUGAUAACAAAAUGAUACUAUCAUUUCACAAACAAAUUCAAGUACCACAAACAUUGAUCGUUCAUUUUAUUAAAAUCAACAACGAUAGUUCUCCUAAGAACAGCAGUACUCUGAGUAGAAUUCCUGUUCAUCAAAAGGCAGCUAUUAUUUAUUGGACAAAUGAAUUUCAUAUUGCUUUUGCUCAACUUUCUGAUAAAGAUUUUUAUUUAAUUACUGUUCAAAAAAUAAACAAUUUACCAUCAAUAUUUGAAAAAACAAUUAAUCCAUCGAAUCGUUGUGAACAUAUAAGUAAAGUAUUGAAAGAAACGAUUGUUCGAUUACAUCCUAUUCGUCGUAUUAAAUAUUAUCAUGUGCCAUGUAAUGAAACAUCAUCUUUACCUUGUUUUUUUGAUGAUGUUCAUUUUUGUUUAUGCACUGAUUUUAAUCAUCAACGGAUCGCCAAUUGCUUUGAAUUUAAUUACACGAAAAAACUUGAUUGUUUCGGUGGAAGCAACUGUAAAAAUGGUGCACAAUGUUUACAAGAUAGUGGCGAAUGUCCACAAACAUCAAUGUGUGUUUGUCCUCAAUGUUACUAUGGAACACAAUGCCAGUUUAAGUCAACUGCAUUUCGUCUUUCACUUGAUGCCAUAUUAGGUUAUCAUAUUUUACCACAUAUUAUGCUUAUACAACAACCAACUAUAGUCCAAUUCAGUUUGGCAUUAACUAUAAUUAUGACUAUAGCAGGAUUUAUUGAUGGUAUUCUAUCGGUGAUGACAUUUAAAGAUCAAGAACUUCGAAGUAUAGGCUGUGGUGUUUAUCUAUUAGGAUCGGCAAUUACAACACUAUUUACUAUGAGUAUGUUUGCAUUAAAAUUUUCAAUACUCAUUAUUACACAAAUGUCAUACACUACAAAUCGAUCAUUCCUAAAUUUUCAAUGUAUUUCAAUUGAUUUCUUGUUACGAAUUAGUCUUUAUAUGGAUCAAUGGUUGAAUGCAUGUGUAGCUAUAGAUAGAGCAAUUACUGCUGUGAAAGGAACUAGUUUUAAUAAGAAAACAAGUAAAAGAUUGGCUCGAUAUGUAAUAUUAGCUCUUAUAGUAUUCAUAAUUAGCACAACUAUAUAUGAUCCAUUCUAUCGGGAUCUAUUGUAUGAAAAUAGUAAUGAUGAUGAUGAUGGUGAAAAACGAAUUUGGUGUAUUGCUAGUUAUUCCUCUGGUGUUCAGGUUCACGAUUCCUUCGUUAAUAUAUUUCAUUUUAUUGCUCCAUUUUUUAUUAAUUUAAUAUCAGCAAUAAUCAUUAUUCGAACGACUAUUGUUUUACAAGUUAAUAUUAACCGUCAUGAAAGUUAUCGGAAAAUUUUAUUAGCACAACUUCGACACCAUGGCCAUCUUUUAUAUGGAUCUGUUUUCUUAGUUAUCCUUGCAAUACCACGUAUAAUCAUUUCUCUUCUUUCAAAUUGUAUGGAAACAAUAAAUGAUCCUUGGAUAUAUAUCAUUGGAUAUUUCAUUUCAUUUAUCCCAUCUACACUUACUUUUAUUUUAUUUAUAUUACCAUCAAAAAAUUAUAAAGGAGUAUUUCGGAAAACAAUUCAACAAUAUUUAACAACAAUAAAGAGACAUUUACAUAUCGCUUAG